AUGUAUGCACUGCAGAAAUUAUUAUCCAAGAAGAUGUCAGAUCAUCAAACUGUCUGUGAGAUUUCAAAAACCAACUCCACGGAUCGUAAGGCUUCUCUUCGAUCCAAGCAAAAUCAAAGGUAUUACCGUCAUCACAAGAAUGAAAUCCUGGCUCGCCGCCGCUUACUUCAUGAUCGUAUUGAGCAACUUGAAACCUUCAUUAAAGAUAAUGGUUUGGUUCCCCCUGAUCCUCGUCGACUUAAAAGUGACGCGUUGGUUCCUUCCGGUUCUCGUUAA